AUGUGGGGGAGACGCAGCAUCGCGUCACCCAGAGCUGGGCUCCGUCGCCUGCCAGUGCCUCGAGUUUAUCGACCCCUCCGACCAGUUUCGUCGCUCUUCAGUCCCUCCCCCUCAUCUCGCUCAACCACCCUCACACGAACUCAUCUUUCAUCACGCACAUUCUUGGCUUGUUCAAUCAGACCUGUCAUAACGCUCACCACUAAAAGACACUGCUCGUCUGAAGUUCGCGCAAUGGAAUCAAAGGACAGAGACAUCUUGCCCAGCGCGGUCAAGCCCAGCCAUUAUGGCAUAUCACUUUUCGACCUACAGCUCGGUGAAUCGUGGGCUUACAAGGGUAUUGUCAAAAUCAACUCUAAAGUCAGCGGCCCCACGAAGGAAGUAGUACUCAAUUCCAAAGAGAUUGAAGUACAGCACGCGGAGCUUCUGGCAGCAGAUGGCGCAGAACUAGCGAAGGCAUCUGAAAUCACCUACGACCAGAAAUCGGAGCGUGUGACGCUUAGGUUUCCCGAAGAGCUCCCUCAAUCAGAUGUCGUUGUCUCUAUCUCAUUUACUGGCACAAUGAACAAUGCCAUGGCUGGGUUCUAUCGCUCAAAGUAUAAGGCCACCGUUGAGCCCACCCAUGAUACUCCCAAAGAAGGCGACUUCCACUACAUGCUAAGCACUCAGUUUGAGUCUUGCGAUGCGCGCAGGGCCUUCCCUUGUUUUGAUGAGCCUAAUCUUAAAGCUACCUUUGACUUCGAGAUUGAGGUGCCCAAAGGUCAAACGGCUAUCAGCAAUAUGCCAGUCAAGUCUGAAAAGGAUGGCAGCAAGUCAGAGCUCAAAGUGGUUUCCUUUAACACCACUCCGGUUAUGAGCACUUAUCUUUUGGCCUGGGCAGUUGGUGACUUUGACUAUGUUGAAGCCUUAACUGAACGGAAAUACCAAGGAAAGAGUAUUCCCGUUCGUGUUUAUACGACAAAAGGGCUUAAGGAACAAGCCCGCUUUGCUCUUGAGUGUGCACACCGGACGGUCGACUAUUUCUCGGAAGUUUUUGAGAUAGAAUAUCCUUUGCCCAAGGCAGACCUUCUAGCCGUUCAUGAAUUUGCUAUGGGAGCUAUGGAAAAUUGGGGUCUUGUGACAUACCGCACAACUGCUGUGUUAUUUGACGAGGGAAAGUCUGAUACUCGAUAUAAGAAUCGAAUCGCUUACGUCGUUGCGCACGAACUUGCGCACCAAUGGUUCGGCAACCUCGUCACAAUGGAUUGGUGGGACGAGCUUUGGCUGAAUGAAGGGUUUGCUACUUGGGUUGGAUGGCUUGCUGUCGACCAUUUCUACCCUGAAUGGAAUAUCUGGUCCCAGUUUGUGGCUGAAGGUGUCCAACAAGCAUUCCAGCUGGAUUCAUUGCGCGCGUCUCAUCCAAUUCAAGUGCCCGUUAAAAACGCUCUAGAGGUUGAUCAGAUAUUCGAUCACAUUAGCUACCUAAAAGGGAGCUCAGUGAUCCGCAUGCUAAGUACUCAUCUUGGCCGAGAAACUUUCCUUCAAGGUGUUGCUCAGUAUCUCAAGGUUCAUGCGUACGGCAACGCUACUACCAAUGACCUCUGGUCUGCGCUUAGCCAGGCAUCUAAGCAGGAUGUUAAUAGCUUCAUGGACCCUUGGAUUCGCAAAAUUGGGUUCCCCGUUGUCACUGUUGCGGAGGAGACUGGUCAACUUGAGAUUCGACAAAACCGAUUCCUCUCAACUGGUGAUGCUAAACCCGAAGAAGAUCAAACGAUGUGGUGGAUCCCACUGGGCAUCAAGUCGGGGCCAGAGCUGGCAACUCAGCAGCCUCGUGCUCUUGUUUCCAAGGCAGACACUAUCCAAGGUCUUGGACAUGAUUCGUUCUACAAGAUCAACAAAGAUCUCUCAGGAUUUUAUCGAACCAACUACUCUCCCGAUAGACUAGAAAAGCUCGGUCAAUCUCUAGGCUCGUUAAGUACUGAGGAUAAAAUCGGGUUAAUCGGUGAUGCUGCCGCCCUUGCUGUAUCUGGUGAAGGCACCACCGCGGCUCUAUUGUCUCUCCUAGAAGGCUUCAAGGAUGAGAAAAACUAUUUGGUUUGGUCUCAAAUCUCGUCCUCGGUCGGCAAUCUGCGAUCCGUGUUCUCCCAGAAUGAAGCUGUGGCUGAAGGUCUGAAGAAAUUUGCUGGUGGAUUAUCCUCCCCUGCUGUGAAUAAAAUCGGCUGGGAGUUCAAGCCCGAUGAGGGUUAUCUCACUGUCCAGUUGAGGAAGCUUCUCAUUGCGAUGUCAGGGCUGGCAGGCAAUGAAAGAAUUGUCACGGAGGCUAAGAAACGCUUUGAUCUUUGGGCCACCGCGAAGGACAAGGGCGCUAUCCACACAAACCUCCGCUCUACUAUUUUUGGCAUUGCUGUGUCAGAGGGUACUCGUUCGGAAUACAGCUCUGUGAAAGACGAGUACCUCAGAACCGAUUCCGUUGAUGGCAAGGAAAUCUGCUUGGCUGCGCUUGGGCGUACGAAGGAUGCUGCGCUGGUCGAUGAUUACCUGGAUUUCGUGUUCUCGGACAAGGUUGCGAUCCAAGACGUGCACAAUGGUGCAGUCUCCUUGGCUGCAAACUCCAAAGUUCGCCAUCUGUUAUGGGAAUAUCUGAAGAAGAACUGGAGUUUUGUAGAAGAUCGUCUAUCCACAAACAACGUCGUUUUCGAGCGCUUUGUGCGGAUGGGGCUCUCCAAAUUCGCGGACCACAGCAUUGGAGCAGAUAUUGCUGCGUUCUUUCAGAAAAAGGACACAAGCGCGUAUGAUCGUGCACUGGUGAUUGUAGCAGACAGCAUUCGAACCAACGCUAACUACAAGGAAAGAGAUGAAAAACAAGUUUUGAAAUGGCUUGAAGAACAUGGAUAUGCUUGA